AUGUCUAUCCCCGAAAAAUGUACUGUGUUGGUGGUAGGUGGUGGGCCAGGAGGGUCGUAUGCUGCCUCGGUGCUAGCGCGGGAAGGAAUUUCCACCGUCUUGCUAGAAGCUGAUUCGUUUCCCCGAUACCACAUUGGCGAGAGCCUGUUGCCAUCCACGCGCGAGUUUUUGAAAUUUAUUGACGUGUAUGACAAGUUUGAAAGCCACGGGUUCAUUCACAAGAAUGGAGCUUCGUUUAGCUACAAUAGCAAGCCCCCAGCUUACACAAACUUCCUUGCGUUUGGUGGUCACGCAUGGAAUGUGAUUCGCUCCGAGUGCGACCAAAUUCUUUUUAAGCAUGCUGGAGAUAGCGGCGCGAAAACCUUCGACGGAGUGAAAGUCAAUGCAAUUAAAUUCCAACCAUCUGGCUGCCAGGAAAGCCAUGGCGACUCCAGUCUAGGAUGGCCCAUUUCUGCCUCCUGGGCGCGCAAGGACAAAACAGCCAGCGGCACAAUUCACUUCAAGUACCUGGUGGAUGCCAGUGGACGAGCGGGCUUGAUAAGUACCAAGUAUAUGAAGAAUCGCCGAUAUAACGAAGGUCUUAAAAAUAUCGCGACCUGGGGUUAUUUCGAAGGUGCUGGAAUGUACGGCAUGGGUACUCCUGCACAAGGAGGUCCGUUCUUCCCCCGACUAAAAGAUGGAACCGGUUGGGCUUGGUUCAUUCCUCUUCACAACGGCACAACUUCCGUCGGCUUGGUAAUGCAACAAACGAGCUUCACAGCAAAAAAGAAGGAGAUGGAGUCGCCCAACACGCGGAACUUCUUUCUGCAGCAUAUACACGACGCUCCUAUGAUUUCUGAGCUGCUGGAAAAUGCCAUACUCGUGUCGGAAGUCAAAUCAGCCACCGACUGGUCGUACAGCGCACCAAGAUACGCCAGUCCCUGCAUCCGCAUUGUCGGGGAUGCCGGGUGCUUUAUUGACCCUCUCUUCUCGUCGGGUGUGCAUCUAGCGUUCACUGGAGCACUCUCUGCCGCUGCCUCCAUCUGUGCGGCAAUCAAAGGAGACUGCACGGAGCAGUUGGCAGCCAACUGGCAUUCGGAGAAGAUUCGAGAGGCCUAUACGCGAUUUUUGCUGGUAGUGACUAGCGCGUACGCACAAAUUACAGGACAAGAGCGUCCGGUGUUGAAUGAGUAUGAUGAGGAAAACUUUGAUCGUGCUUUCAGUUUCUUCCGACCCAUCAUCCAAGGGACCGUGGAAAUUGGUGGAGGAAAACUAAGUCCCGAAGACGUGGCCGACUCAGUUGAGUUCUGCAUGCGAGUCAUCCGCAAGGUUGAUGGCACUACGAACACAGACCCAAAUGGAAAAAAGCCGAGUGAAGAUGAAAAUGGCGAGUUGACGUGUGAUCGUAUCAAGAAGGCGGAGCUAAAGUCAGAUAUUAACAAAUUCCGGGUUGAUAUCGUGAAUGGGAUGACCGUCAACCUUCAACAAGGAGCUCUAGGUCUGGUCAAAAUGGCUUGA